CGUUCGAGGCAUCGCGUGUGCGCGUCUUCUACAAACGGAACUUAUCGCUUUACCGCAUUUAGUUAGCGUGAAUUUCCAAAUCACCAACCGUCAGCGUUGUGUGAGUGUGUUGAUGAUCGUAUCCACAUUGUCUGUUUGACUGAGGAAGAAAUCAACGCAGCACUUAACGCUUUCAAUUACCUCAAGUGAACACACACACAAACCAAUUCACAAAGAAAUUCACCAUCUAUGCGGUGUUGUAGCAUGUGAAGCACCAGAAAGUGAUUAUUUUACAAGAAGAAAAGUGAUCGAAAUUGUCUCAGCAAAGAAAUUUGUUCGCCGUUAUUUACACUUUUAUUAUUGCAAUUUGGCGAGAAAAUUAAUGUAAAUAAGUGAAAAAAAAAAGAGUUACGAGAAACCGCAGUGAAAUUGCGCUCAUAAAAUUUCGUAAUUUUGUGAAAGUGUUUUGUGUCGCAUGACAAUUGGCAGCGACCACUGCCAGCUGCCAGCUCGCCCAGUAACGCUUGUAGGCCAUUUGCUGCCGCCAACGGUCGCUGUCGCACGGGCGGUUCGUCACAUAUUAGCUCUGUGGAUACUGUGCUUUACACCUCCGCAGCGAGCGCAACUGUUUUGUAAACAAAAGAAAGUGGAAUUUUAUUAUUCACCCAAAAUAUUAUGAAAUUCGCCUUGAAAGCGCAAAAUCUGCUGAGAAUACAAAGUGUCGCCUAAUUGGCUGUGCGAAAGCAAAUUGUGAAUAUUUUUGAAAAAGUAAAUCGAAUCGAAGUGAAGAAACGCAACGCAUUUAUGCAAUCGACAUAUCUGCCUUAACUUAACCUGGCGUGUGGUAUAUAACGUGUUCGUUGAACCGAUUACUUACGCACCACUAUACCUAGAAUUCAGCGGCAGAGUGUAUCGCGACGAAGCCGAAUGCAGUAUCUCACUUACGCACUGCAAACAUCCUCACGUUUCCUCACAACGUCCGCACCCAUAACCAACACACACACCGCCUUCAACAACAAUAACAACAACUACACUAACCCGCCCACAAACAGCGCGAUCAGGGCACAAUCCAACAACAACAUAGACUUACAUUUUCCCAAUCAAAAUCCCAACAACAACAGCAACAAUCGCCAACAGCCGAGAAUCACCACGACGAACAACAUAUUAGGCACCUCGCGUCGCAGCAGCAGUAAUUCAGCAGCGAUAGCAGCCGCAACAACAAAAGUAUCAUUUGCGCAGAGCGAAGUAAUCCACAACUACCAAACCACAUCCACUACAACAACACUACCACCAAUUCACAGCACUUGCCACGAGUGCAGCUGCAGCGACGCAACAACAUUCGAAACAACCAGCGCAGCAGAAGCAGCAGCUGCAGCCGCGCCGACAGCCGCAACAGUAGCGCCAUCAGCGACAACGGUGCCGCAGCGCGAAUGAAAUUUACUCACGAUUAAUGUUAGCAUUGCGCGCAACAAACUGCUUUCAUUCUUCAAUCGCGACAUGGCCGCAACGGAUGGCCAAAUAAUACUGGCCGCCUCCCGCUUCGGUGACACCGAACCGCCGGUGUACCUGCGCGAGUUCUCCAAACAGCGAUUGCCUGCGGUCGCAAAAAUCGUCAAGGGCCAACAUCAGAACCUUGGUGUGCCCACAUUGUCGGCGCCCUCGCUUCAGAGCACGGCACUUUUCCUGAGCGCCGGCAAACGGUAUCAGAUACUGGCACAACCGAUUAAAAUCAAAGAGGGACGCAAGACAACAAAUGUCGGUGCAAAGGUGCUCAUACCGGAGACCUAUCCCGGUUACUUUGAGCUACUCAGCGAAGAUGGCCGUUCAACGCGUUGCAUCGAUUCGGUGCUCGAGCUUUCGAAGCGACGCAAUUUACGCGUCCUCGUGCGUGAGACGUUCCGUUGCACGCAGAUGAAUCGCACGAUUCACGCGGGCGAACUGCUGACGACGAUGAACGACAAUGGCAAGUACUUGCAAUGCAAAAAUAUCAAAGACGAGAUCAUCAAUUUGCCACUCGAUACCAAAGCGAAAUUCUCACCGAUCGCCAAGGAAGAUAGCAUUAGCGGGGUGCAUACGGUGAAGAAUCUACUACUCAAACGGAUGCCAGUCAUUGUGAGACUUGUCCAUGGUAGUGCUCCCAAAGGUCUGAAGCAACCCUUCGUACCAGAGUUGCGUCUACUCGGCUGUGUCGAAAUCGAUCGUAUAUUUGCGCUGCCCAUGCAAAAGGAUCACGAUUUGGUGCCAGUACCGCUGAAUGUAAAGAUUAAGUUGCAGCGCGCACGCAACAUGGAGCAGUUGGAGCACUUCAUAGAGUAUACCAGAUUCCUCGAGAAGGCGCAGCGUCUGCUGUCAGAUGCACGAGAUCGCCUGCAAAUAGUUGAUCUUAAGUUGUCGGAGAAGGAGAAGAAAGACUCCAAGUUCAGUAGUCGCAACAAAUUACCCGUGGUUAUGUUGCCAUCGGCAGCAGUCGCCGGCGGCCUUAUGGAGAACGGCUACGUGCUGCGCAAGAGCGCCAGCUGUGAUGCAUAUGGCAAGGGUAUCGGUGGGGCAGCGGGCGUACUCACAAGCGCCGAAAUCGCCGAGGAGUACAACGAAAUCGAUCACAUUUACGAUUAUGUCCGGGGCCUGACGCCACUCUCCAAAGGCUUGUCGCGUUUUGAACCCAUCUGCGAAACGCCGACUAUCAAGUCGCAUCACACCGACAGUAGCGGCAAUUAUUGCAGCCUCAUACGUGUGGGCGCGCAGGCGAGCAGCAACAAUAACAACAAUAACAAUAGCAACAGUUUAAAUGCCAGCAGCGGCAGCAACACACAUCACAGCGGUGGCGGUGCCGGUAGCGGCAAUAAUGUUAACAACAAUAACAACAACUACAGUAGUUUAGAGUCAGUCAAGCAGACGACGAAUACCAACACGAAUAGCAGUCACAAUAGCAGCAAUCACAGCCACAAUAACAACCACAACAACACUGGCGGCAGUGGCGGCAGUGUUGGUGGUAACCAUCACCAUCACCACCAUCAUCAGAGUCACAGCCACAAUCAUCAUCACAACCACCCACACGCACACCCGCACGCGCACCCACAUGCCCAUCAGUCAGGAAGUGGAGCCAUGGUUAACCACUACCACCAUAACCAUGUUCAAGAGGACAUCAAGCCAGUGCCACCGCCCAUUGAGACUAUACCGGGCAAGAAGUUGCCUGAAAAGCGGCAACGUCCCACAUUACCAAAGCUUUAUCUGAAGAACACGAACAGUGCAGGCACCACAGUAACUGCGGCCGCGGCGGCCAGUCAUCAUAAUCAACAUCAUCACUCGGCGCAGACGCAACACGCUCACACUGGCAACUCGACAGCAGCAGUGGUGAAUGCCACAGCGGCAGCGGUGGCAGCGCAUCAUGUCCAUCACUACCACAGCAAAGUGCUAACACCUAGCAAUAGCAAUAACAACAGUGGUUCCCAUGCCGCAAAUGGACCACUUAGUGCCGGUAUUAUGGGGGCCAGUAAGGAAUGCAUUCUGGAGCCACAGUCACCACUCUUUCAUAUCAGGUACAAGAGCCUCAGCAGCUUGCAGUUGACGCCCGAAAAUACCUCCAUUACCGCCACACCGAUCUCAAGUAACCCCAAAGGUAAUCAGUCAACCGCAAUACCACCGGAUGUGGUACUCAAAUGCAACAGCAUCCUCAACCACCAGUCGCAUCACGCGCCGCACCUACCACCACCGCCGCCGCCACCACUCAGCAAGAGCGCCAGCACUGCUGGCGGCUUAGCAGCUGUAGCCGGUCUCGGCAUGGGCAUGGGUGUGGGCGUCAUACACCAUAAUCCACGCGAAGGUACACUCGACUCGUCGCGCAGCGGCGGACGUACCUCUGGCGAUUCCAACAAGUUGCCCGAAAAGAAGACGCGUCGCCUGUCGCGUCCUCGUAGUCUAUCGAAUUUAGUCUGGGAUCUGCGGCCAUCCAAAGAGAAAUCAAAAAAGAAAUUAUAUAUACAUCACUUCGAUCACCGCCAACAAGCGACACUGUAUUUGUAGUCAGGUGGCAGGAGGGUUGCACGCUACUGGAAAAUGGCGGGACAAGUGGUCGAAGAAAAUGCCAUAUAUAGACUUUAAAUAAGAUCUUACGUAGAAAUAUGGGGCAUAGCUAUUUUGAAUACUUUAAGUUUGCGGUGGAAUGAAGACAGUACCAAUGAAAGAUGAAUGAUGUUGCCAUCACUUUAGAAACCUACACAGCUAUUUGAACGGAAUUUUAAUGCAUUAUCUUAAGCUUCUGAUCCGAUAUCUUCGUCCAGGUAGAAACCACGAUUGGAACACCAGCGCUAAUGUCAAUUGCAGAUCUUACGCAGAACCACUAAAAACUUUAAACGUCAAACUUGAAAUGCACAAACCUAGAAAUUAGAUAUUUAAACACAUAUAUUGAGAAACGGAGGAAGAAGAGAACAAAUAUCUUAUAACAUUAGUAGAGAAAGCUUUAAAACUAUUUUUUCUCAAUUAAUUAGAUUGUGCCUUUUAUUAGCAAUUAAAAUCCUUUUAAAUAACAAAUUUUAAUAAAGUUAAAAGUGAUCAUGUUUAUUGGCUUAUUGGAAAUAUUGUGGCAAGGCCCCAACAUAUAUUUGUAUGUAUGAAGAAUUAAUUUACGUGUUUAGCUCUCUUUUGGCAUUUUCUUAAAGAAACUAAUAUACAAAAGUCAACUAUUAAGUCUUUGAAUAUCUCAAAACUACGAAAAAAUAUUUGAAAAAUAUAAAAUUUUUGAUAUUUUUCCCAUAAUAUUUUCGAUUCAAAUGAGAUCCCAAAAAAACAAAACAAAAACCAGAAACAUAAGAGUUUGCAACAAACGCACAACCAACGCCGAGAGGUGAAAACUGGAAGCAAAAUAAGUCAGUGCUGUGCUGACUUCGCAUUGAAUCUUGAGAAGAUUCUUUCCGAGGCCCGCACAGGCACUGAGGGACGCCAUAAGUAGAUAACAAACAAAAUAAUGAUAAAAUAAAAGUGAAAGUGGAAGUGGGAGCAGUCUGAGAUAAACUGCAUUGAAUAUGAAUUAAAGUAAACAAAAUAUGCAACAACAACACUUCAAGUCUUUAAAAUUGUGAUUUUAAUUUUAUGUCAAAAAUGUAUGUAGAGAGUGCGCAGAGUCGGCAUUGGCGGAUUUUGUUAUGUUUAAAUCCGCGCGCGACCAGCCGGCCGGUGACGUUUCAAUAUUCGAUAAAUUAAGGGCAUCAUCUUAUUACAUUUUACUUGUUUAUUAAUCAUGCAUACUUGCAGUCGCAUUUGUGUCCCAGUAGUUUUAUGUACGCUAAGUUAAUUUACAUUUUAUAUUUAAACGUUUAAUGCUUUUGUCAGUCACGUGUGCUUUUGAACAGUGCGGAGACGGAGACGGAGGCGCGAACUCGAGUGUUCGAGUACGCCUUCCGCAGCAUUUUCAAAAGUGAUUAGUUUAAUGAAUAAAGAAUUUAUGCAAAACACAGGGCGGGAAGUGUGUGUGUGGGUGUGCAGUGGCCGCUGAGCGUCGAGUAAGCGCACUCAGCUUCGUCUCAACUCGGGCGCUGUCGGCUGUUGCACACUCAACCGCAAAUAACUGUUGCAUUGUGAAUGUGUAGAGCUUAGGAUAGACACACAUGUAUACAUACAUAUUUACUCAGCUGUUCAAUUGAAUCCGCUACACAUACCGUUAAAACUUCAGCAUGUUAAAUAGUAGAAUGAGAA